CUCAUUAUCGUUACGGCUACUAUUUAUUUUAAAUUUUACGCGCUUUAAGCAACAAAACAUAAUAUGUUGAAAAUAUAAUUGCUUGCAAUUUCGUGUUCUUUUAAAUUUCAUUAAUAAAUGGUUUAUAAUGUAUAAUGGCUUAUUCCCAAACUUGUUUAAUUUUUUUCAAGUUAGAACUUUGAGUGUUCUUUGUUGACAUUUUAAAAGUUAUGGGUAGUCUUCCAUUAAACAAUCUUGAUGAACAAUUAGCUCGGUUCGCCGCCGCAUCAAAGAAGAGUGCUCAUUCAAGUGCUAAUAUUACUAAUGCAAAACAAUUUACAUUCAAGAAAACAUUAAGCCUUGGAAAAAGAACUACAUCUACCAAAAGUGAUGUUCCUUUACAGUCUAUUGAAAGGAAAGUUAUUCGAUCAACAGCCAAGAAUAAUUGUCCUAAUAAUAGUUUACAAAAUAAUAACUCUAAAGCCUCUCUGAAGAAGCAAACUAUCACAAAUUUUUUUUCUACGAGCAACUCUAAACCACAAGAAACUCUGACUAAAAAGGAUGAAAACUUCCACAACUCAUUUUUCCAAGAUGAUAUUUUUCUUAGUGACAUAGAUGAUUUUGAAAUACCUCUUUCAAGAAAAAGUUCUACCGAACUUUCUGCAAACAAAACACCCGUGGAAGUAAAUUCUUCAAUUAAUCCAACAAAGGUUAAUGAGUCAAAUAAAGGUAUAACUAAAACUUCUACAAAUUCAGAUUCCAUUGAAAUAUUCAUGUCUGAUGAUGAGUUGUUAUUUACUGAUGAUGAGAACGAUGUUCUACCUGUGUCUUCUAAAGGAAAAAGUGUGCAGAAAAUUGUUAGUGAUGAUGAAAGUAUAAAUGACAACGAAUUCAAUACAAUGGAAUUGAAGGAAUCCAAGGAAGCAUAUCGAUCGAAUGAAGUUCCAUUAUGUGACAACAUGAAGGAAAUAAGAAGCUUUGAACAAUCAUCUCUUCUUCAAGAAAAUAAUCUUUCAGAUAUUAAUGAAGCAAGCAUGCCAUCAGUUUUGAACUCACUUCAAAAUAUGAACAUGAAAAUUAUGACUGAAAUAUGUGAUUUUCUAGAGACAAACAAAGGUUGUUUUGGAAAGCAUGAAAAACUUAGCUAUUUAUUGAAUAUGAGGAAGAAAGUUUUAAAACAAUCACUUUUGACUGAACAAUUAUCAACAUCUCAAGAAUCUUCAAAAGAAUCUAUGACACUAAGCAAAAUAAAGCAAGAACCUGGGUCACCAAAGAAAGUGAAGCCAUGUUCUUUGUUUCGUUCAAAUACUUCAAAGUCAAAGGAAUUUUCAAAUUUAGACUUUGAAACUACUCACAAUUGGAGUCAUUCCAGUGUGUCACCCCCAGUUCGUAAUAUCAAAUGUGAGCGAGAUUCAAUUGAGCCGUGCAAGGAUUCUGUUCUCCAAAACUCCUCUACCCCUCUCCCUCAUGCAUCGAAUUAUAUCGAAAACCCAAAAGAUCCACGUAGUUGUGGAGAUGUUAAAUCUGCUUUUCAUUUUGAUCUGUCACCUUCCUCUUUUAGAACUUCCAUGAACAGCCCAUCAAAUCAAUGGGCUGUAAAAAGUGAAGCAAAGUAUCGUCCUUCUGUAUCUAAUAAUCAUAACAGUAUAGACAAUGUAUCCAUAAAAAUUGAAAAUAUUGAAACUCAAGAUAUUCUGGCUGAUCAAAGCAUUUUUGAUAUCAAUGAUCAAUUUUCAGCAGAGUUGAUAAAUGAAACCAGUUUAAAGAAUGAAAGCUUAAGUUCAAAUAAAGAUCAAAUUAUUGCUGGAAAGUUCUAUGGAAAUCAAAGAGAUGACGGCGCUUCUCCAGAGUUUAAGGGUUUUAACUUUUUAUUUUCAAAAGAUGUUAUUAAUAUAUUUCAUAAUAUUUUUGGAUUGAAAGUUUUUCGUCAUAAUCAACUGGAAACUAUCAAUGCAGCUUUAUUAAAGGAAGAUUGCUUCGUUCUCAUGCCUACAGGUGGAGGCAAAAGUCUGUGCUACCAACUUCCUGCUUUGGUGAAUAAUGGUGUGACAAUUGUGGUUUCCCCUCUACGUUCUUUAAUUAUGGACCAAGUACAGAAACUGUGUUCACUUGAUAUUCCUGCAUAUAGUUUGACAGGAGAUACUGAUACAUCUACUUCUAACCAUGUUUAUGUUCAAUUAGCAUCAAGAGAGCCUGGCAUUAAACUACUAUAUGUAACUCCAGAAAAAAUAAGUGCAAGUAUAAAAUUAAAAUCUUGCCUGGAAAACCUAUACUCAAGAAAUAUGAUACAACGAUUUGUUAUUGAUGAAGCUCACUGUGUUAGCCAGUGGGGUCAUGACUUUAGACCUGAUUACAAGAGAUUGAGUGUUUUAAGAGUAAACUUUCCAAAAGUCCCAAUAAUGGCUCUGACUGCAACAGCUACACAAAGAGUGAGGAUGGACAUUUUACAUCAACUGGGCAUGGGCUCUCCUAAAUGGUUUUUACAAAGUUUCAACCGGCCUAAUUUGAAGUACGAAGUGAGGCAAAAAACGAAAGCUGUUGUUAAGGAUAUAAUAGAGCUUAUCAAGUCCAAAUUCAAAAACAUGAGUGGCAUAGUAUAUUGUUUGUCCAGAAACGACUGUGAUGCUGUAGCUGCGGAGCUGUUUAAAAGUGGAAUUAAAUCUGCAGCUUAUCACGCUGGCAUUAAUAAUCGAGAAGAGGUACAAGAAGCUUGGAUUAAUGACAAAUUCAAAGUGAUAUGUGCCACCAUAGCAUUUGGCAUGGGUAUUGAUAAACCUGAUGUGAGGUUUGUAAUCCAUCAUUCCAUACCAAAGUCUAUUGAAGGAUACUAUCAGGAAUCAGGAAGAGCAGGAAGGGAUGGUGAAAUAUCCUGGUGUAUUUUAUUCUACUGUUACAAAGAUAUGCAUCGACUUAAAAGAAUGAUGAUGAAGGAUGUUGAUAAUAAACACUCUUGGGCAACACAUUUUGACAAUCUCUUUCGAAUGGUCCACUACUGUGAGAACAAGACUGAUUGUCGGAGAGUGUGGAUGCUGGCAUAUUUUGGUGAAAUAUUUGAGAGGCAACUGUGCCUUAAUGAUCCCAGGACAUCAUGCGAUAACUGUUUCUCUAAGGAAAUAUUUGAGAUGCGUGACAUGACCGCUGAUGCCAAACUCAUUAUACAGUGUGUGGCUGCUAUAGUUGAUCACAAAAGUAGAAAAAAUUUUACUAUGCCAUACUUUGUGGACAUUUACAAAGGUGCAAAACCUCAGAAAAUCGUAGCUGCUGGUCAUGAUAAGUUAGAACUUCAUGGCAAGGGAAAAUAUUUAAAUCGCUCUGAUGCUGAAAGACUAUUUCGCAAAAUGGUGCUCGAUCAAUACCUGCAGGAAGAAUUAUUCAUCAACGCAAUGGAUCUUGCUAUUAGUUACCUUUAUCUGGGUAAAAAAGCCAGAGACUUGAUAGCUGGAAAUGGAAAGAUUGUUAUGCCUUUCCUGAAAGGAACCAAACAUAAAAACCCUACAGUUGCUGCUGCAAUUCCUGUUGAGGACAAGGAAAUCCUACAACUGAUUGAGUCCUGCUACAAUGAACUGAUUGAAGUGAGCAAGGCAAUCGCAUCUGAAAGAAACCUACAUUACACCAAUGUCGUUAACGUGGAGGCAUUGAGGAAAAUGUCGAGAGAAAUGCCCAUGACGGAGGAGGACAUGCUGCUCAUCCCACACAUUACACGUGCUGUUUAUGAGAAAUACGGGAAAAGAUUUCUUGAAGUCACAACCAGAUAUGCUGCUGAAAGAUGUGUAAUUGAUGCAGAAAAGGCAGAUAAAGAUAUGAUGUCUGCUAUGACUGAGGAUAUCGAUAAUUGGUCAGACGCAGAGCCACCACCUCAAGGAUUUAAAAAAAGAGGACAAAAACGGAAGCAAUCUGCAAAAGCCACUCAAAAUAAAAAACAGAAAAGUUAUUUCCGGAAGAAAAAAUAUGCUAAAGGAAAGGCUAAAAAUCAUUUUAGUGCAAGUCAGCAAAAUAAAUAUAAGGCUGCAAAAACAAAAAGUGGUCCUAGCACAUCAAGAGCCCCUGGUAUUCUCCCUAUGCCUAAAACAACUGGAAAGGUUGUUUCGCGUUCAUUCCUGUCUGUGCCUAAAGUGACGUACAUGUAAUCUAGUCUAUACAUGGUGUAAACAUACAUAGUGUAAAUUGUUAAGAGCAUAGUGUAAACUGUUACAUAGUUUGUAUACAUAGUGUAAUAUUAUAUAGUGUAAAUUGUUAAGACUGACAGUCUGAUAGUUAAAUGAACUGGUA